AUGAAGUACUUUGCUCUCCUCCUCUCCGCCCUUCUCUCGGUUGUCGCUUUGAUGCCCCUCUCCGCGCAAGCUGCGCAACGAGGUCUCGCAUGGGGCACCAAUGACAACUGGGGCUCCAGUAUCGCUAAAGGUCUCAUCACCUGGUAUUGGCACUGGCAAGAUGGUCCUAACUCACGCUUCAACGGUAAGCUCGAGUUUGUUCCUUGCUACUGGGGUCCUAAGUACAACUCGCAAUGGAAACAGCGAAAGCAGGAGAUGAACGCCAACGUUCCCAAAGCUUUGCUCGCAUUUAACGAGCCCGAUAUUAGCGGACAGUCGAGCCUUGAUCCUACCACAGCUGCUAACUUGUGGAUGCAGGAGAUUCAGCCUUGGAAGAAGAGGGGAGUCAGGCUCGGAAGCCCUCAGAUCGUCUGGAACCAGGAUUGGUUGCAGUCGUUCAUGAACAUUUGCAAGAGCAAGGGUUGCACUGUUGACUUUAUCGCCAUCCACUGGUACGGUCGCUGGGACGACAUGGCAGGUUUCAAACGCUACGUCACUUCCAUUCGCAACCGCUUCAACCUCCCCAUUUGGAUUACCGAGUACGGUGUCACCUCUGCUUCCGGCGGCAGCCAACAGCAGGUCAAGCAAUUCCACAUGGAUGCUACCAACUGGCUCAACUCGCAGUCGUACGUCGAGCGCUCUUCCAACUUCGGCAGCUUCUCUUACAAUUCGCCUCCUGAUGCCUACGGAUCGCGUCUCAACGCCCUCUUCAACGGUGACGGUAGCUUGCGUGAUAUGGCUUACUGGUACAUUUGGACUUCGGCUCCUCAGCGUCGUAGCGUCAGGCUCAACUCGACGGCUGAAGACGACUAUGAGGAGACCAAAAUGGAUAUCCCUGUCCAGGAGAAGCCUGCAAGCUUCAACCACUAA